ACGGCCGCCAGAGCAGUCAGUCUUCAGUCUGUGAUGGAACUCCGUCCGUGAGACUUCGUAUAUCUAUCGUAUAUUCCGUUGCCGGAGAGGAAAAUUUCUCGUCGCGUGUCGAGAGUCGGCUACUCCGCGCUUGAUGCGUGAUUGAAUUAUCUUGAAAAACUCAGCGUGACAUUUAAAGAGGGCGUUUUAAAAAUGUGGCUCGCGACAAUACUAUUUUUACGUUCAUUCAGUGAUGUGUGUCGGUGUGUAUCCCAGUGAAUCUGGUUUCAGCGGUCGCCCAACGCAUUCAGUGAGAAUUAUGACUCGGAUGCAAUUUCGGUCACUGUCCUUUCCCAUAAGUUCCGCCCCUUCGUCCAGUUACCCCUUUUUCCCCGCUUUUUGCUCCCUUUAAACGUCGACAUGUUUCUCGCGGAAAAAACGAAUUUCUCUCCGUCGUCUGUUCUUCAACUGGUUUUUGCAUUUCUUUGUUGUGCGAUCCCUUUGAUUUUCCUCUACAUAUUUCGUGGCAGUACAUCAAAAAAUGGAAAAACCUCUAAAAAGGAAACGCCAGUUAAGACGGUGAAAGAGAAAACCAUCCUAACUAAUACCCCCACCCGCCGAUCCGUCCGAAAAAAACAAACGAAAAAGUGGAAUCACGAUUUUGAUCACACCUGGUUAAUAAGGUCCAUCAAGGGUCACUCUGACUCUGUUCUAAACAUGGAUUUUAGCUCGAACGGAAAGUUUCUGGCUUCAUGUUCUGAAGCCGAUCCAGGCGGAGACGAGAGCGCGACCAGCAGCGGGAGUGAAGGUAACAAAGAGAACACGGGCUACGUAAGCGAGCCGAAGCAGCUGACGAGGCGACAGAGGAAGAACCGCGUCAAGAGCAAGGAUUCGCCGAAAACGGCGAAAGCCUCGCCGAAAGCGGCGCAGACCCGGAGCAAGCAGCCGGUCUCCAAGUACCGCUCCCGGCUCCACUGCGACGAUGACCGCCUCUUCGACAUCAUGCGCAAGUACACGCUCCACCCGGACCAGUUGCUGUCCCUAGGGUUCCCGGUGGAGAGCACCCUCUACCCCGGGCGGGCGAUCUUCUUCAAGCAGCCCAACCUGAGCGGCCCCUCCCUCUCGCCGUCGAGCUUCGACGUCAACGCCUCCGAGUUCGUGCCCAAGAGCCUCAAGCUCAUCCGGGACGACGACAGCAACUACAAGAACAUGGACGACAUGUCGAGCACCCUCCGGAGCAACGCCUCGGAGUUCGUGCCCAGGUCCAUAUUCAAGCGCGGGGAUUUGAGCGAGUGCAAAGAGACUCGGCUUCAGGCCCCGCACCCACACAACGACAGCGAGCGGGAUCGCGAUCGGAGUCCCGUUGUUGUCCCUUCGAAAAUGUUGGAGACGUCGACGGCGACGCCUCGGAGCGACUACUCCAGUGCAGUCCUCAGAUCCAGCGCCGAGAUCGACAGGAAUCGGCUCAGUAGCGCAGCCUCAGAGUUCGUCCCUAGGAGCUGCAGCGAAGCCACCCUCAGCAGCAACGCCAGCGAGUUCGUCCCCCGCGGACUGUACUCCUCCUGCUUCUUGAACAAGAACCAGAGCUACUCCAGAGCGGACGACGAGUCGAAACUAAGCAGCACUGCGUCGGAAUUCGUGCCCAAGUGCAGCUUCUCGAACGUGCUCAAGAACUCGAGCGAGACGGAGAACAUGCUGAACAACGCGUACAGCAUCCGGCGGGCGUUCAACGUCAACAGCGAGGAGAAGAAGUGCGUGAGGUGCGGCAAAGGGUUCUUCGUGACCCCCUCGGGAGAGUACCUGACCGAGGAGCACUGCAUUUACCACUGGGGGAAGCUGUUCCGACCCCUGUCCGGCGGGGAGCCGACGCACUACGCCUGUUGCAACGCUCACAGGGAUUCCAAGGGCUGCUCCACGGGGAAGCUCCACGUGUGGAACGGCAUCCAGGCCGGGGUCAACGGACCCUUCGAGGGCUACGUUCGAACGAGGCCCUCGAAAAGCGGGACGCCCAACAAGAACCGCGGUCUCUACGCCCUCGACUGCGAGAUGUGCUACACAAUCAAAGGUCUGGAGUUGACGAAAGUGACACUGGUCAACUCGAACGGGCACAGGGUCUACGAUUGUCUAGUUAGACCGCAAAAUCACAUUAUCGACUACAAUACGAGGUAUUCGGGCCUCACGGAGAAGGAUUUCACCCGGAAGAAUAUCGUCGUGAAACCGUUGAAAAAAGUUCAGAAAGAUCUGUUAAAUAUCAUCAACGCCGAGUCCAUUCUCAUCGGGCACUCCUUAGAUAAUGACUUAAGAGCUUUAAGAAUAAUUCACUCGAGAAUUAUCGACACGUCAAUUGUUUUUCCUCACGCCUUCGGUCUCCCUUUCCGGAGAUCGCUCAAGUCAUUAGUCAAAAUCUACUUGAAACAGAACAUUCAAAACGAGGAAUCUGGUCAUGACAGUUUCGAGGAUGCAAGGUCGUGUAUAGAUUUAAUUUUAUACAAAAUUCGCUGUGAUUUCGGUUCACUUUCCGAGCCCUCCCCUUGAGCCCGUUUGCUCCGCACCCGACCUCUUCAGGGACGCUGAUUUUUUCAUUCGCGGUUGUGGUCAGGUCGUCCGAUGAGGGAAAAAUAACUACGCUGCAUCCGUCGAGUGAUGGUGGGCAAUUUUCUCACGCAUCAUUCCAGCAAAUCUCAUCUUCCGUCGUUAAAUUCAAGGUUUUGAAGCCUGGUCGCAACUCGAAACAUCCAUGUAUUUAUAUUGUGUUCAUAUAAGUUUCAUCGAUUCUAUUCCCAUCUUCUCUAUUCCUGCCAAUCGUUCACCAACUGUCGUCUUGCAAAACUGAUACGGUGUAAAAUGGAUGAUAUAGCUGUAAACAUUUUAUCGAUUUUAUUUUUCCCUCACUAUGUAAGUUAUGUUACUUUUCGAUUCAAGAUAUUUUUCCUCAAUUUUUCUCUCCUGUCGUUAAUUAUCUGCUAAUUUCAAGAAAAACAGUCAAGAUUACUUUACAAAACACGACACGAUGAUAAAAAUCUGAACACCCUAAGUGAUUGAUGACUGAUUGGGAAAAUGAAAACCUGGAACGAUAUUUAAUCUUAACUGUGUGUCAUAGACUCUCGUCGAAGACCCCAAUUUUUUCUUACGUUUCAGCUCAUUUGUGUACAUACGGUUUAGUACUUUUAGUUUAUCCUUUGUUUAAAUAAUCAUUUUAACAUUAUCGUAGAAAACAUCACAUACCAUGCUUGAUGAAUGAUUAGGUGUGGCCCCAAAUGACGAUUAUUUUUAUUGACAAUUGAUUGAUUUUAUCUGAUUAAUUUUUUUUUCAACAUUACUGACAAAGACGAUGUGAAAUGAAAAGAAAAUGCAUUUUUAUAGUUGCCGACGAUUCAAUAUGCUUAUACAACUACCAAUGAUGUAAUGUAUAUGCUGAACAUUAAUAGACAUAAAGCGUAAAGCUUUAGUAGUUGGAUAUUCUUAUAAGACACCGAGUGGUGACAGGACAUUCAAAAAGACCUCAAUAUUUGUAUUAGUGAAAAAGUGUAUCUAAAUCUAAUUUAAGCUAAUAAUUUCUAUCCUAGCUUUUAUUUUUGUCCUUUAAAUACUUGAGUGAAUGUAUCAGUUUUGCAAAACAUUUUCAAUUAUCUUAGAUGAACUAUGAGGGGACUUGUAUCCUUAAAUUUUCCUAAAUUCCGUACGUGUGUGAACAAAGAGGGCCCAGCCAGGAGUCACUCAAGCACUUUUCAUUACAAUAAAGCAUGAGAUUAAGUUAAACCUAGCAGCAUGCUUUACAUAGGGUAAAGAUGUUCAUUCCAUUUCUACGUGCACUCGUGUUUGUGCCCUUAUGAUAAGAUCAUUUUUGGCAAAUCUUUUUGAAAAUCAAAAUUCCCUCCUGAUCAGCAGUCAAAAACAUUGGCAGGAAAAUGAAGAUUAUAUGAAAGCUUUCAUUAUUACAAUCAUAAAUUUUCUCUACUUUACUUAAGAAUUUACCCCUUAAUAAUUUACAAUAUGCAAAAGAACUUUCAGAGGAUUUUUAAAGAAAAAAGUGUAUGGUGCACGAAAGAUUUCUAAUUUUUGAUUUGAGAAAGAAAAUUAGAAAAAGGAGAGCGAGUGAAAAGUUUGUGAUCUCUACUUAUACCUUCGUACUUUUUUUUCCUUUUUGUAUUCUUUCAUUUUGAUUUAUUUAUUUUUCAACGUUGUUUUUUUUAUCUUUUUUCUAGUUUUAAGACGAUAUUCGUAAAAGUUGUUUUAUUGUGAUAAUUUCCUUCAAUUUAAAUUUUUUAGUGAAUGAUUCCCAGCUUGAAGAGAAUUUGAAGAAAUCUCCGAGUCAUUGGGUAUCAUGAUUUUUUACACCACGUUUAAGUGGCAAACAUGAAUAAAUACAUAAACAUUUUAUUGUUAACGUAUCAAAAACCUAAAAAAUAAUUAUAAAAAAAGUAUAAAAUAAAAAAGUCAUUCUCGCUCUAGGCAGCAUUGCUUGAAACUAAAAGGGGGAAACUAUCAAUGAACACAUUAUAAUUUUCUACAUGUUUUAACAGAUCUGAAUAAUUUAAAAGAAACACUAGGAGGGGAAUGUAUUCAUUGUUCAAUUUGUUUUGACUGUAUCCUACCUAUUACGUUAAAGAAGGGGGAAAAACGAGAAUUAAAAAAAUGAAGAUAAACCCAGAAAAUCUGAA